UGCCCGCGGAACUCUAUGUGUCUACACGAGUUUCCGACCGGCGUUAUUUUGCACUUGGACACACACUCACGCUGCUGUAACUUUGAGCUAGUAGCGUUUUAGCGGGUUUUCUUUAUGUGUCGUUUAUAGUCUAACUUCAGUGAUGACUGCUCUCGCUUAAAUAUCACUAAACGAAGAGCCAGAAUGGCGGAUUCCAACGAGCUGAAGCUGGAUUUCACUCUGAAAGAACUGACUCUUUCCUGCCAGGGUGAGGAUGUGGAUGUGCCCGGCAGCUCGUCUGCCGUGGAGCUGCGGGACAACAAGCUGGUGUGUGUGGAGUAUCCGGCGGUGGUCAGCAAUGUGGCAAAGAUGCUGGAGACUCUCGGGGGUGAGCAAGCAGUGUCCAAAACCUUUGCUCACCCCAACCGGCGGCUUGAGCUGCGUUACCGACCUCAGGACCCUUUCUGUCACUCUCUGUGUGGAAACCGCUUCCCCUCCAGCAACCUCCUCCUCAGAGUGCGACGGCGGGUGCGAAAAAAAGACCCCAAGGAUGCUGAGAUCCACAUGGAUGUACUGGGAGUUAUAGGAACAACAUAUAAAUUCCAAGGGCUGGCAGACUUUCAGUGCCUCGCUGUGCAUUCAGAAGGUGGAAAAGACAUGUCCCUCUACGACAAAAUCAUACUACGCAAAUCAGAGAAUCAAGAGUUCUUUGAGCAGCCCAUGCCUUACUUUCUUCCCCCGGCCAUCUUCUCACGUCUCGACAGUCCUGUGGAUUAUUUCUACCGGCCCGACAUCUAUCAAAACCAGUUGCCUGUCAACAAGAAGAACUUUAUCGGUCUGAAUCGUGCUCGUCGGCCCCAUAACGCCAUUUUUGUCAGCUUCAGUGAUCCCACUGUGCCCACCGACUGCCUCGAGGCGGCCAGGCUCAAUUGGGCUCGAGUCUGCCUGAAGGAAUCUGACAAAGACGCUGAAGAACAACUGAAAAAGAUGUUUGAGAGUCGGCCCAUCUGGUCACGGAACGCAGUCAAGGCCAACAUCAACAUCCACCCUGAUAAACUGAAACUCCUGCUGCCCGUCUUUGCCUACUACAUGGUGACAGGGCCGUGGAGAAGUCUGUGGGUCAGGCUGGGCUAUGACCCCCGAAAGAGCACAGAGUCCAAGAAGUACCAGAUGCUGGACUUCAGGAUCCGCUGCAGCACCAAGCACGGCUAUUCACUAUCUGACAUGCCAGUAAAAGCCAAGAGGAGUGCUCUUAACUAUAGUCUGCCAAUCACAUUCAACAAAGCAGGUCCCCAGCCAGCUAGUGUGAUGGAUCUUCCAGCUCAGGAGGGUCCAGGUGCCAGUCGAGAUACAGUCCCAAUCACAUACCAGUUGAAGGAGUCGUCCUACAUUUUCAGAGGGGGCAUGCUUCCUCCUCACAGACAGAUGUUUUAUCAGCUCUGUGAUUUGGAUGUGGAAAGUAUCAAAAAGGUGAUUGAACAGAACAGCGGUAAUGAACAGGUAUGUAAUGAGCGGGAUGGCUGGUGUGUUCUCGGCACUACGGACAAGCUGAGGGACAUGAUAUCAGCCAUGAUCAAGAAGGUUGUCCGAGCACAGAAACCAGCAUUGCCAGAAACCCCCAAGAGAAGCAGACGCAAAGGCCCAAGUUUAAAAUCCUCAGUGAGAGAUGUGGAUGCAGAGGAAGAGGAAGAGGAGGACGGUGAGAAUGAGGAAGAUGACGAUGAUGAAUUUCAGCCGUCUGAGGGAAGUGAAAAUGAGAUGGAGACAGAAAUUCUCGAUUAUAUGUAACAAAGGACAACCAUUUUGAUGACAUGUCUUGACUGUUAAAUAUUUUUGCAUUAUUUGUUUCUGUAAAAUGUGAAGUGACUUAGUUAAUUGUAAAUAAAAACAGAAAUGUUUCUAGUGAUUUGUGUGAGAACUCGAUCAUCCUUAUAAUUAAGUCUUAAUACAUGUUGACUUAAAUUUGUCAGGGAUGUUAAUCAAGAUGUAAUCUUUCUUCAGAUCAUCAAAUAACAUUAAAAAUCAUGACUCUUA